AUGGGGGCUUACACUCCAGCCCCAAAAGUCAGCGUCUUCACCACUCCGCCAGAGCAGCUAUUAGACCUCUUGGCUUCACAACUCCCCACGUCACUCACGCUUCUCCGUCGUCUCCAAUUCGCCUUGCACCGGAACUUCACGACCCCCGACGCACGUAUCAUCUUCUCCUCUGAUAUUGGCCAACUCCAAGAUGCAUCCACAACGCCAAAGUACUUUGCUGUUGCGUAUGCCGAGUUCUCCACCGGGCCGGAUACACAAAUGGUCAUGUAUUCGUCCAUGGAGCAGGGCAAGGUGAAUGAGGAUGAGGCACCCAUACAUGAGGAGCAUAUCAUGAAUACCGUCCGGGAACUAGUGCGGCUACGGAAGGAAUAUGCCGGGAAGCUGGUUUACGGAAAUAGUCUACUUCUCGGCAGCUUGCACUCGGAUGUGCGUGCCAUUUUGAUUAAGCACGGACGAGUUACGCCGCGGCCGUCUGGGGAUUAUGACAAGUGGUUGUUUAGAAUGGAGGAUGUGCCUGAGCCGAAGGAGACUCCGGAUGGUAUGCACUGGGAGAAGGCGUCUUUGGAAGAUUGCAGGCUUGUGGCGUCGAGGACGGAUAUUCCUAGGCCGGAAUCGCUGGUUCAGCUUCCGGGUUUGAUGCUGAAAUUAGAAGACGGGACUCCUGUGGCAUGGGCCUUCAUUGGUGAUUAUUGGAGCCCUCAAAAAUACGUGCAUUGCUGCUAA